CGUGAUUGUUGCCAUGACGCGUGGUGCUCUGUAGGAUAGGCCAGUCUACGUCCUCAACUUUCACCAACUCGUCUGUAGUACACAGCUACAGGAUGUACGGUCUACUGUUGGAGAACAUGUCAGAGUUUAUCAAGCAGGUGUACGGCGAGGACCGCUGGGAAGAGAUACGUCGUCUCGCUCAGGUUGACUCCCCGAGCUUCAGCGUACACCAGGUCUACCCCGAGACACUCAUACCGAAACUCGCUAAGAAGGCCAUCCAGGUACUUGGAGUGACCGAGAGAGAGUUUUUUGACCAGAUGGGAGUUCACUUCGUUGGGUUCGUGGGCCAGUAUGGAUACGACCGAGUACUCUCAGUGCUAGGCCGUCAUAUGCGAGACUUCCUCAACGGACUGGACAACCUUCACGAGUACCUCAAGUUCUCAUAUCCUCGCAUGAGAGCCCCGUCGUUCAUAUGUGAGAACGAGACGCGCCAAGGUCUAACGCUGCACUACCGCAGCAAGCGGAGAGGCUUCGUCUACUACACCAUGGGGCAGAUACGUGAGGUCGCCAGACACUUCUAUCAUAAGGAAAUGAGGAUAGAGCUAGUUAGAGAGGAAGUCUUGUUUGACACUGUUCACGUCACCUUCCAACUCACCUUCGACAAUAGAGCGUUCACCUUGGCUUCUCUCACACUCACAAGAGAAGAGAGACAUCUUCCAAUCAGCGCCUCCGUUCUCUUUGAGAUCUUCCCUUUCUGUAUUGUUUUUGGGUCUGAUAUGGUGGUCCGAAGUAUCGGCAAUUCUCUCAUGGUGAUAUUACCUGAUCUCGUGGGCAAGAAGAUAACCAACUGGUUUGACCUCGUCCGACCUCUUAUCGCUUUCAAAUUCCAAUCUAUUCUGAACCGCACCAACAACAUCUUCGAGCUAGUGACAGUGGAGCCAGUACUGGGGGAACGUACUGGCGAACACCGUGUGUGUAAGGGAGACUCUAGAGAGCUUGAGCUUCUCGAGGACGACGGCAGUCCAGACGAGAAGAGUCUCAGGCUUAAAGGCCAGAUGAUCUACAUGGACAACUGGCGGAUGCUCAUGUACCUCGGCACACCCGUCAUGCCAGACCUCAACUCUCUCGUCUCCACGGGUCUUUACAUCAACGAUCUCUCUAUGCACGAUUUCAGCAGAGACCUGAUGCUCGCGGGUACCCAGCAGUCGGUUGAGCUGAAGUUGGCCUUAGACCAGGAACAGCAGAAGUCAAAGAAACUCGAGGAGUCGAUGAGAAAGCUGGAUGAUGAGAUGCGACGAACAGACGAGCUGCUUUACCAGAUGAUUCCUAAGCAGGUGGCGGAUCGGCUGCGGACGGGCGAGAACCCCAUAGAUACUUGUCAGAUGUUCGACAGCGUGUCUAUUCUGUUCAGCGACGUUGUGACGUUUACAGAGAUAUGCUCUCGCAUAACGCCAAUGGAGGUGGUGUCCAUGCUGAAUGCUAUGUACUCCAUCUUUGACACGCUUACUGAGCGGAACAGAGUGUACAAGGCUGUAUCGAGAGGGAGGUGCUGUGACGCCGCUGGUUCUGUCCGUCAGGUGGAGACCAUCGGCGACGCCUACAUGGUCGUCUCCGGAGCGCCCCAGUCCGAGGACAACCACGCGGAGAAGGUGUGUGACAUGGCACUCGACAUGGUCGAGGCCAUCACCGACCUCAAGGAUCCUUCCACAGGGUCCCACCUGCAGAUAAGAGUGGGUGUCCACAGCGGCGCUGUAGUGGCGGGUAUCGUGGGCCUCAAGAUGCCUCGCUACUGCCUGUUUGGCGACUCUGUCAACACGGCCUCCAGGAUGGAGUCUACCAGUGAGGCGAUGCGAAUCCACAUCUCGCAGAGCACGCGGGACCUCCUACCACCGGAAUAUGUCGUUAAGGAACGCGGCGAGAUACAGGUCAAAGGGAAAGGUAACAUGAAGACGUACUGGCUGGUGGAGAGGGAGCACAGGGUGCCACUAUCUCGCCACAUCCCCGCCAGAGAGAGUGCCGAACCUCUGGAGUGGGAGAAGUGUGCGGACAAUGUGAAGCUCAUCCAGGAGGACCGCGCCAGGGUGUACUCGCCCGUCACGUUCCAGGAGGUGGCGAGGAGGUCGGUGGACAACUCUCCGGUCAAAUUGCGGCCUGACAACAGAGAAUACCGGUCGACCUCUGUGAUUGCUAUCAGCACCGGCAGCAACUUCCUGCAGUCUUCAGCAUCGUAUGGUCCCGAGUAUCCUCCGCGGCCCCACAGUCCCUGCGGUAGAAGAACGUCCUCCCCCAACCCGCCUGCCAGGGAGUCUGAGGAGAGGCGACCCUCCAUCCAGGUGACAGUUCCGUCCCUUCCGUCUACCAGGGACGUCUCUGGACCUGGACCUCGCUGUCCCCAGGUAGCCACCUCGCGGUCCGAUGGGUGUCUGUCACGGAGAGCGGAGGUCAACCGCAGCACCAACAGUCUGGUGAGUCAGCAACAGUGCUGCGCAGGCUUCCAGAGUCCCGGGGGAAAACACAGUCACUCCUGCGGGAUAGUCUAGGACUUCCACCUCCAACAGAAACUGCUGUGAUCCUUACUUGGUUGCUGUUUACAGGCUUCAACGUGUUGGAAUGACUUUUGGUGAAUCUUAGAUAACGGUCAGAGGAAAGGUUUGAAAUAGAACGAGGGAAGGUUUUAGUGAAUGAGAAUGUUUGUUGUUGACUAUACAGGGCGUCUCGUAAGUAAACAGUUAAACUCCGGGAAAUGGUUAAAUGGGUUAAAUUAUAGAGCAAAUCAAGAAUGGAAUUAAAAACCGUUGUUGAACAUAUAUAUGCGCACCUUAAUCUUUUUCAUCUUUAAAAUUUCCU